GUAUCGUUUAUGUGCUCGUGUUUUACAACUCCUACAUGUCUCGCGUGUGAGACGAGAUAGAUUGGCCAGAAAUAAGCCGACCGAUUACAAUUGGUCUGUUUCUCUUUCAUUUCGUUUCGGUUUCGUAUUGCAUCGCUGCCCGUCGCGCACCCUACUGUACGGAGUGCGCGUAAGUAGUUCAUGUGCGUGUGUUUCAUUUGAUCAGCGAGAAGAGCCGCCCACCCACACCCCUGUAUAGUAAAAGCACACAAUGCCCGGCUGGCUCAAAAACCUGCUGCGUGCGCUGGUACGCCGGAAAAAUGUUAGCGGUGACGUCCAGGAGCACACGGAGCUCAACCGUUGCCUUUCAACGACGGAUCUCACAUUUUUGGGUGUGGGUGGCACAUUGGGCCUCGGAAUAUACGUACUCGCGGGGCAGGUUGCGAGCACGAAGGCCGGCCCGGCUGUUGUGUUGUCCUUUCUAAUAGCGGCAGUUGCAUCAGUGUUUUCUGGUCUGUGCUAUGCAGAGUUUGGUGCUCGCGUACCAAGAGCAGGAUCAGCGUAUGUGUACAGCUAUGUUACUGUAGGUGAAUUCAUGGCCUUUGUAAUUGGCUGGAAUCUCAUCUUGGAGUAUGUCAUAGGCACUGCAUCAGUGGCCCGUGGCUACAGCGGCUAUUUAGAUUCCUUACUCAAUGACACCAUUCAAGUCCAUCUCAAGCAGUGGAUGCCCAUUGGAGUGUCUUGGAUGUCCUCUUAUCCAGAUCUGUUUGCCUUCGGAAUUACCCUACUUUUAACGGUUAUGCUGGCGAUUGGUGUGAAAGAAUCCACACGGUUCAACAACAUAUUCACUGGGCUGAAUCUCCUGAUUGUCGUGUACGUUGUCGUCUGCGGAUCUUUCAAAGCAGACGUAGGAAACUGGCAGCUGAAGCCUGAUACCGUACCCGCCCAUUAUGGAAAAGGUGGAUUCUUUCCAUAUGGGCUAGGUGGUAUGCUUAAUGGUGCUGCAUCUUGCUUUUAUGCCUUCGUUGGAUUUGAUUGCAUUGCAACAACAGGGGAGGAGGUUCGCAAUCCACGACGAGCCAUUCCUAUAAGCAUAGUGGUCUCGCUCUUCAUAGUAUUCCUCGCCUACUUUGGCGUCUCCGUCGUGGAGACGCUUUUGUGGCCUUACUACGACCAGAACGUUUCUGCGCCACUGCCGUAUGUGUUCGGGCAGGCCGGGUGGCCGGUCGCCAAGUGGAUCAUUUCCAUCGGGGCCCUCGCCGGACUUUCAACAAGCCUUCUGGGAGGAAUGUUUCCUCUGCCACGUGUCCUGUACGCCAUGGGGUCCGACGGUCUCAUCUUCCGUUUUCUCGCCAAAGUUCAUCCGCAGCUGAGGACCCCCUUAAUAGCCACAGCGGUAUCAGGACUGUUUGCUGGCGCAAUGGCCAUGAUGUUUAACGUUGAGGAACUGGCCAACAUGAUGUCUAUUGGGACGUUACUGGCCUAUAGCUUGGUUGCUGUAUCUGUGCUCAUGCUCAGAUAUCAACCGACUGUUCCAGUCCCUAUUGAUUCACCUGCAGCAUCAUUAUCUGUUUCUGUAUCCAGGCGUAGGAAAAUGUACGAGGUAGCCAAUAAUGAUCCUGCAGAUGGCAGUGCUUCAGUAGACUGGAAGGAUUCGCACCUGCCCAUUCUAGGCGAACCAGACGACAGUGUCUUCAAGACAGCUUUCAACUGGGAAGGCCUCGCUGAACCAACAAAAGCAACAUCGGGCAUCUCAAAGAAGCUUGUGCUUUCACUCGGUGUGCUGUUUUUUAUAAUGAAUAGCAUAUUGGUAUUUGCCGAGACCCCGCUGUUCUCGGGCAACAUCUACUGUGUCGUUCCUUUUGGCAUUGUCGCCAUGCUGGUGCUGCUGAACAUCAUAGCUCUGAUACGACAGCCAAGAGCCGACACUUCUGCCUUGUCUUUCGCAGUUCCGUUAGUGCCUUAUAUUCCAAUCUUCAACAUGUUUGUCAACACCUACCUCAUGCUAAGACUUCCAGUAUCAACGUGGGCACGUUUUGCUGUUUGGAUGGGAUUAGGUCUACUUAUAUACUUUGGCUACGGCAUCAGUCACAGCUCGCAGCGCAUUCCACCGAAACCACAUCUGAGCCCAUCUUCGUCCUUGGACCAGGGUUUCACUGAUGGCAGCGAUGGAAACAAAUCAGCAGAAAAGUAUUGACUGUCAUCAAGUGCACAUUUUGACUUCUCCAGCCAUUGCUCAGCAUGCCCUUAUGACUACAUUAUUCAUCAUUGUAAAGUAUUACGGGUGAACAAACCCUGGCCUUCAGGCCACCAAGCGUAUCGUAGGCCCAUUGCUGUAGAUUACGAUGAAAACAAAAGUCUCACUUGAACGUGACAACAGUUUGGAAUGUGGGAGUGUAGGUUCAUGUUUUUAACAUGAAAUUAUCAUCUCAUCUCAUAGCACGAUACAAUUGACAGAGGAUUAUUUCCUACAGCCUUUUAUAUCGAAAAAAGUGGAGCUCUUACCCUAUACCCUUAAACUUUUCUUACCAUAACAAAAGUGCAGAGAGGAACAGAACAUUUGUAGUACUGCUGUUACAUUUCAGAGGUGGCGUGGUGUUAUCUUGAUUGCAUGCAUCACAUGUGAUUGACCUGUACUAGUCAUAUCGGUGUUUUUGUAUUACACGUGCAUAUGACAGGUGCCAAAGGUGUCAUCAAAAAAGAAAUAGUAUUUAUUCUUGUAUCAUGUAAAGUUUUUUAGUCUUUUAGAGGUAUUUGCAGCUGUUGACUGUGUACAUAAUUUUAAAAAUAUAUAUAAAGUUGCCCAAACCAAAGUGUUCUUAAUGUAAACCUGUAAAGUACCAGUGGGGGUGCAUAACAGUAAGCCCCUAGGGAAAUGCCACAUUGAAUCAUGUAUUUUAUGUAUAAAAUGAUCAUGUAGUUAUUGAUGUGAUUUUUAGUACAUACAUUUUAAUUUUUAAUGGUGUGAAGUAUAUAGUGAACUAUAAACAAUAAAGUAACAUUCCUUAUA